AUGACAAGGAAGUGCAGUGGUGGCUGCGCUAGGAUCGAGUUCUGCUCCAAGCGGCACCGACGAUGAUGUCGAUGCAAAACUGGUCUGACUCCACCUCUGCCGGUAACAGCCCACUUUGACGACGAGCACACGACCAACUCCGCAGCCUCGAACUUGCCUCCAGAAGCCGAUACUGUACGACAAGAAAUACCCAUCAGACGAACCUGACGACCCAAUCGACACAAAUUCCCUCCAAAUUGGCCCUCAAUGGCCUCCAAACGCGCCGAAAUGGAGCGCCGCAAAUCCUCCACCCCUCACUACCAAACCUUUCCCACACCACCGCCCAAAUCCCGUGGCCGACCACCCAUCUCGCCCUCUUCCACAAGCAGCGUCGGUUUUGAUGGCUCGCAUAAUGAUGGCCAUCAGUCACAUCCGAACGGCGGACUCGCAGACAAUGAGCACUCGAAGUCGCCCCUCCCGAAGAAACAACUCGCUAUCCUGGCAGUCAUCGCGCUAGCCGAGCAGACGGCGCUGAAUUCAAUCUCGCCGUACCUACCUGAGAUGACGAGUACGUUUCCUGAGGUAGACGUCGGGCAGAUAGGGUUAUAUGUGGGGACGAUUGCGUCGUCGUUUGCGCUUGCGCAGUUUGCGACGAAUUUCUUCUGGGGAUGGCUGAGCGAUCGCGUGGGCAGGAAACCGGUCGUGAUGCUGGGGACGGCGCUGACGGCGGGGUGUUUCGUCGCGUUUGGGUUCUGUAGGACGUUGUGGCAGGCGGUGCUGGUGCAGGCGCUGAUGGGGCUGGUGAAUGGGAAUCAGGGUGUCAUAAGUACGUGUCUGGGGGAGAUCACGGAUAGGAGUAAUCAGAGUAAGGCGUUUGUGUAUCUGCCGGUCAUAUAUGGUAUUGGGGGCAUUACGGGACCGGCGGUGGGUGGGUUGCUGGUUAUGCAGGAUAAUCCGUUUAGGAAGGGCACGAAGAAUCCGUAUCCGUACUUGUUGCCGAAUCUCUUCUCGGCGACGAUACUGGUCAUAGAUCUGGUGCUCACGGGAUUCUUCUUGGAAGAAAGUUUGGAGGAAGCGAAAGAUCUGCCGCCGCUGAAGGAUAGAGUAGGCAAUCUGUUCAGCUGGAUAUGGCAGUUCACAGGCGCAUCACAUCGCCCUACAUAUCUACGAGCGCAUUUCGGACAUCAGGAUUCUCGGCAUAGAACAGGACUGGACGGCCUUGAUUCAGAGGAAGAGACGGACAAUGAGAGCGAGACGCAAUCUCUCCUCUCCAUGCGCGGCUUCUUCGCACAUAACGACAGUCAGCUCACCAGCAAGGAAGUUCUGAAUCGUGAUACCAUCCUCCUCCUCUGCACCUACCUCGUCUUCCAGCUAUCCAAUAUAUCCUACAACUCGCUCUACCCGAUCUUCGCCUCGUCUCCUCAGCCGACAGGCCGCAACCUCUCGCCAGAGGAAAUCGGCCUCUCGCUUUCUUUCGCAGGGAUCGUGACGAUUGUGUUCCAAGUCGGCAUUUUUGGGAAGCUGAAGGAGAAGAUGGGAAAUAGGGCGACGUAUCGAGCGGGCUUGUUCUUGUUCUUCAUCUCGAUGCUCUUGAUGCCUUGGGUGGGGUAUAAGGAUUCAAAGCCGCUGUUUGGAUUGGCGAAUGGGAAGGUGUGGUUAUGGGUUGAGCUGGGCUUUGUAUUGUUGGUCAAGACCGUUGCUGCUGUUGGGGGUUUAACGAGUGCUUUACUGCUCAUCACCAACAGCGCACCCAACCACAACGUCCUCGGCACCCUCAACGGCCUCGCCCAAACUCUUUCCGCCGCCGGCCGCGCAGCCGGCCCUUUCCUAUCCGGCGGACUCUUCUCCAUCGCCACGCGUGUACAUCCUAAAGGCGAAGCCCUCGCCUGGGGCGUCUUUGGCGGUAUUGCUUUUCUAGGUUUCCUUGCAAGUUUCGGCAUCAGAGGGAAGGAUCUCGAAAGUGGGGAAUGGGAGGAUGAUGAGGGGGGUGAUGGGGAUGAGAGCGGUAGUGAUUUAGAGGGAAGUGGAGAGGAUGGUGGGGUUGGUGGGAGGUGAUGACUUUGGAUUUUGAUGAGAAGGAAGGAAAUGAAAGAGGAACGGGAGGUCUGUAUAUUUUAUGAUCACUAUGGCGGGAAAUGGCGUUUUGGAGACUGGGAUUGUUGGAUUGAUUCAUCGGGGUUUUGUUGGGUGUAUAUGUCGUGGUGGGAAAGACGUAGAUGGAGCAUCGCAUUGGAUUAGAAGAAAGAAGAAGUAAGUAUAGAGAGAUACAGAUACAGGCCAAGACACAGACAGAAGAUCGACGAUCCGGCUUCAGAAGCUGGAUCGUUGGUUGAUUGGUUGAUUAGUAAAGAAUUAUGUAGUGGCAAGGCAGGGCAUCAGAUUCUCUGCCCUCCUCUGGUAAUGAAAAGUAUGAAUGAUAUCCUUCACUUCAGUCUACUGUAGUAAUAUUACUUGGCAAUAAUCUACAUUUGGUUAUGAGAUACGGG